AUGAGCGGUCUAGAGAAAUCGCUAUUCCAGCUAAAGUUCACAGGAAAGUCAUUACAAAGACAAUCAAAGAAAGCGCAAAAAGAUGAAGCAACCGAAAAAGCAAAGUUAAAGAAAGCAUUAGCACAAGGAAAUACAGAAGGAGCAAGAAUCUAUGCUGCCAAUGCGAUCAGAAAGAAGAAUGAAGGUUUGAACCUUUUACGACUUUCAAGUAGAAUUGACGCAGUUGCAAGUAGAGUUGAAACUGCAGUCACAAUGAGACAGGUUACCGGAAGUAUGGCAUCGGUUGUAAAAGGUAUGGACAGAGCUAUGGAAAGUAUGAAUUUGGAAAAGAUUUCAUUGGUUAUGGAUAAAUUUGAAACGCAAUUCGAAGAUUUGGAUGUUCAGACUUCUUACAUGGAAGGAACAAUUGGUGCCACAACCGCAAGUGCAACUCCGCAAGAUCAAGUUGAUACUUUGUUACAACAGGUUGCCGAUGAGAAUGGAAUCGAAGUAGGACAAAAGCUUGGAGAGGCAGGCUUGGAAGGUAAUGUGGCCGAUUUAGCAAAAGUACAAAACGAAGCACCACACAAGGAAGAGGAUGACAAGCUGGCAGAACGUUUACGUGCGCUGAGACCUGCAGUGUAA